AUGGAUCAAGCACUCAUAGAGAAGCUGCUCAAGUCAGUCUCCGACACCAACGUGACGAAAACCAUCCAUCGCAAGGCAUACCCAGCCAUCUCACCCUCGAGACCAGAAUUGAGCCAAGCCGGCAAAGUCGUUCUAAUACCCGGCGGUGGCACCGGCGUUGGUAUUUCCAUCGCACGAGCUUUUGUGCGAGCAUGCGCCGAUACGGUCAUCAUUAUUGGCAGGCGCGCCGACGUGCUGGCGGCGGCGACGAUCCAGCUCCAGAGGGAGGCCAAGACUGUAGGCUCCAGCACCAAGAUCGUCCAUCGCACUGUCGAUAUUGUGGAUGUCACUCAAGUCGACGCAUUCUGGAAGGAGCUCGCCGCACAGAACAUCAUAGUGGACGUUUGGGUUGCAAAUGCAGCCAAGUUUACGGAGCCCAAGCCGGUGCUCAAGCUUGGGGUCGAGGAAGUCUGGUCGCAGGUGGAAGUAAACGCGAAAUCUCCUCUCUACUUCGCCGAGAGGCUCUAUGCCCAACCAGGGGAUAAGCAAAAGUUCAUAGUCAACCUCUCGACCAGCGCGGUGCAUAUGAUGGCCCAUCCUGGCAUAAAGGAUCGCCCUGCGUACAGUCUUUCUAAGGCAACCAGCACCUUGGUUUUCCAGGUCCUCGCCCAGGAUGUCCCAGCCGAGAAGGUUCAAGUCGUCAGCUUCCACCCAGGACUGAUAUACAGCGAUGGCUGGAUCAAUAUGGGAGUUCCUCGAGGGGACCUUUUCGACGACGAUGAUCUUUGCGGCGGAUUUGCAGUCUGGCUUGCUACUAAGGCGGCCGGAUUUCUUCACGGUCGCUUCGUAUGGAGUCUUUGGGAUAUUGAUGAACUCUCCACUGGGGAUAUUCGAAAGCGGAUUGAGGAAGAUCCCUACUUCCUUCGACUGUCUGUCGCCGGCUUGAAUGGAGGCAACCUGUCCGUUUAG